AUGGAUGGUGUCGGCAGCAACAGGACCAUGUCUUACAGUCGAUGGAGUUACAACAGUGUUCUGGAUGAUGAGGGGAGCAGCCUGCGUCAGCAGAAGCUUGACAGGCAGCGAGCACUGCUAGAACAGAAGCAGAAAAAAAAGCGCCAGGAGCCAUUAAUGGUUCAGUCCAAUGUGGACAGUCGCACAAGAACACGCAGAAUGAAACAUUCGGAAGAACAAGCACCAUUGGUUGAAUCGUAUCUUAACAGCAACAGCAGCUCCAUAUAUCAUGUGCAGGAGGCCGAACAGGAAGAUGUAAAGGUGGUAGUGGAUGCCCAAGCCCCGAAACCAACUAAAAAAACCAAGGCAGCAGCUGCGAGCUGUCAGACUGGCAGCACCAGAAAGGAGAAAAAAGGGAAACACAAAGGGAUUGAUGGCCCAGCUGCUUUUCAAGAUGAUGUUCAGAAGAUAGGAAGUCAAGUGCAGAUUCUCACUGUUGGACAGUCUAGCCAUGAUGAAGAUGAUGGAGAGAAAAUGGCUAGUGGCCAACAACAGCAAAGCAAACAAGAUCUUAGAACAGCAAUGCAGAAAAAAGAUCCCCAUGCAAAUACAUCCUGGUCCUCUUCCACCUCCCAAUCCAGCCUUGUCGCCCUGGAUCAUGUUCCUGGCAUUUCAAGCAGCAUGAAUUUUGAUGAGGAAGAAGAUGAGGAAGAUGAAGACAGCUCCAGUUCUUCACAGUUAAACAGUAACACCCGGCCUGGUUCCGCCACGAGCAAGAAAUCCAAUAAGGAAGCGGCCUCAGCCCCCAGUCCUUCCACAAAUGAGCCUCUCAUAGAUGUCGACGACCUGGAGGAAUUUGCCGUAAGACCUGCUCCACAGGGUGUCACUGUCAAAUGCAGAAUCACAAGAGACAAGAAGGGAAUGGACCGAGGGAUGUACCCUACUUAUUACCUCCACUUGGAAAGGGAGCAUGGUAAAAAGGUGUUUCUGUUAGCUGGAAGGAAACGAAAGAAGAGUAAAACCUCUAAUUACCUCAUCUCCAUAGACCCAACUGACCUGUCUCGGGGUGGAGAGAGUUUUAUUGGAAAACUGAGAUCAAAUCUUAUGGGAACUAAGUUUACAGUUUAUGACAAUGGAGUAAAUCCAAUGAAGACAACUUCAAGCCUGGAGGCGAGUAUCCUGCGUCAGGAGCUAGCUGCUAUUUGUUAUGAAACAAAUGUCUUGGGGUUUAAAGGACCUCGUAAAAUGAGUGUGAUCAUACCAGGAAUGAAUAUGGACCACGAAAGAGUUUCCAUCAGACCACGAAAUGAACAUGAGACACUUCUUGCAAGAUGGCAGAACAAAAAUACAGAGAGUGUCAUUGAGCUGCAUAACAAAACGCCAGUCUGGAAUGAUGACACCCAGUCCUAUGUUUUAAAUUUCCAUGGUCGAGUCACACAGGCCUCAGUGAAAAACUUCCAAAUUAUUCAUGAUAAUGACCCUGACUAUAUAGUGAUGCAGUUUGGCCGCGUGGCUGAGGAUGUGUUCACCAUGGACUACAACUACCCAAUGUGCGCGCUACAAGCCUUUGCUAUUGCCCUUUCAAGUUUCGACAGCAAGCUGGCUUAUCUUUUUGCAAGAAGCCCUUCCAUGCAAUGA